CAGAGGCGAACUUUUCCUCCUGACUUUGGCGUGGAGCCGCACUAGACGUGGGAUGCUCUGGAAUCGUUUAGCGGGAUAAAGAUGUGAUGGGACUGGCGGUUCCGACAGAGGAACAUUUCCUUCCUACACGAUAAGAAACUAAAACAAAACAUGGAGAAUUCCAGUUCUUUUAACGCCAGUGCGCCUUUAAUUUCUGCGGAGGCUCUGCGAGCGGAGAUCCUGGAGAAUCCUCUGCAGAACUAUCUCCUGGGAAUCAUCAUCUCCAUAUGUGGGAAUGUGCUCAUCAGCGUUUCACUCAACAUACAGAAAUACGCCCAUGUCCGCCAGGCUCAGCGUGGCUCCAAGCCUUAUUAUACGUCUAGGAUGUGGUGGAGCGGCGUGGUCCUCAUGGGCAUCGGGGAACUGGGGAACUUUGCAGCCUACGGCUUUGCCCCAGCAUCGCUCAUAGCCCCACUGGGCUGUGUGUCUGUGAUAGCCAGUGCUGUCAUAUCUGUGUUUUUCCUGAAGGAAACGGUCCGCGCCUCUGACAUUGUUGGUGGCAGCCUGGCCAUAACUGGAACAUACGUCCUGGUGACCUUUGCACCCCAUGCGUCCACACACAUCACCGCUCAUCUGGUCCAGUACUAUGCCAUCAGCUGGCACUUCCUGCUUUACCUUUUUGUAGAGGUCGUCCUGUUUUGCAUUCUGCUCUAUCUGUACAAGAGGAGGGGUGUGAAGCACAUUGUCAUUGUGAUGCUGCUGGUGGCCCUGCUUGCUUCUCUUACAGUGAUCUCGGUCAAAGCCGUGUCUGGGAUGAUCACAGAAUCGAUAAAAGGCCAGCUGCAGCUCAUCUACCCCAUCUUCUACGUCAUGCUCGUCGUCAUGGUGGCCUCCUGUGCUUUCCAGAUCAAAUUCCUCAAUCAGGCAAUGAAAAUGUUUGACGCCACAGAGGUGGUUCCCAUAAACUUUGUGUUUUUCACAGCAAGCGCCAUUGUUGCAGGGAUUAUAUUUUACCAGGAAUUCGAAGGCUUGGCUUUACUGAAUGUUUUUAUGUUCUUAUUUGGCUGUCUUCUUUCCUUUGUCGGGGUUUUCCUGAUAACCCGAAACAGACCAAAGAUAAAGCAACAAGAUCCCACUUUUAUUGCAAUGGACAGGAUUCCUGGGAGAAGGAACACGGACAAAGUGCAGCCUGAGGCAAAGACCCAAACAUACGGAUCACUGGCAGCCAAACUCAUGUGCAACAGAGCUGGCGAGACAGACGAUUCAUAGGAACCAUCUCCAUCUGUCAGGACUGCUGUUUCAUUCAGUCUGGGAGUCUGUGCAAAGCACUUCCAGGGUUCAGCAAAAUCUCUUAUUAAAAAGCAGCAAAGACAGGGAGUUGAUUCUUGACAAGAAAUCUGUUUCUCUGUGUUAUCCUCACCGCUGAGGAAAGAUGACUUGGAAAUGAAAUCCAACUGUUCAUGAUUGCCCUAAAACAUCAGAUGCCUCAUCAGCUGCAGUAGAACGGAUUUAGUCAGGUUAACAGUUUUCUGUAGACAGGUGCCAAACGUGAUGUCUAAACAGGCUGAGAAAACAGUAUCCAUCAAAAUAAGUGCACUACUGCCCCCUAAUGGUGGGGGGAAGACCCUUGAUUGAACUUGCUUAACUUUACAAUGAGUCGAUGUAAAUGUUAAUUUAAAAUGUGGUAAACUGUAGUGUUUUUUCCUCCUGUCUUGUGUCGUAAAUACUUUGUGAUGUGUUUGAUUACACCAGCAUGCACCACAGAGA